AACGUCAAAAUAAAAAUAUAAACAAAGUUGUUUCUCAAUGUUUUGGUAGUGCGUAGCAAUUUUAAAUUUUUGUGAAUAUUUCGUGAAGAAAAUAAUGUCCAGCAGCCAGAAAAAAGUUACCAAUAUUCUGUCUAGCAUAAGUCCCCCCUCAGAUUUACCGAGCUUCGUAACUGCAGCCCUUGUGCCGCAACCAGUUACACCUGCCGAGGGAACGACCCCGGACCAGUCGUCAAUGGAAUCUCCAAACAAAGACCCGGAAUCGGAUCCGUUUAUUCCGACCACUUUUAGUCCGGCAAUACCGUCAAGUAAGGACACGAGUAUGGUUGAAGCAAAGGGCGAGACAGAUGCUUCAGAAAAAGCAGCAGGUGGUGCAUCAAAAGUGGGCAAAGAUUUCUCCACUAUGGUUCUCAAUCCGGAACCAUUGGCCGAUGCUCUGAGUCCCAUCACACAGGGAGGCUCGGCUCUGUUCGGUUGGGUGAAGGGUGCGGUUAGCAGUAAUGGCAUCCUGCAGAAAGUGGCGGAAAAAGCGAAGAACUCGGUCGAUACAAUUGUUACUACGUUAGAUCCUCAGAUGAAAGAGUACAUCAAUUCCGGUGGUGAUACGGAGGUGAUUGUGGCAUCAGACAAGGACGAUAAGGUGCGACCAAUUAGGGAAGCAUUUCAAUCGGUGUUUGGAAAAGCCACGGUUAUAGGAUUGGCUUCACAUGCAGCUGGUAUCGCAGCUCAACCGGUAGGUUUUGCUGCUGGGCUGAAAGGCGCAGAGCACAGAAUCAAUGGUAUCAGAGCCGAAAAUCCGAGGGUUGAUGACCAUCUCCCAGUAGUUGCAGUUGAGAACUUCCUGGUGGAGUUAUUCCCUGAUCAAUGGUUUGAAGCUGGCGUAAUUGUACUGUUCGACUAUGCCAAGAAUAUACUGCUUAAAACUGUCACUCAGAUGACACCGAUUCCUUUUCCAAUCGUAACAUCGAUUCAAGCGGACACUCCUGGAGAUUAUGAGCUGAAAGAUACUGGAUUUGCUGUAACAAUUGGGAGCAUCAUGGCGAAAAAUUUGAACACACCGCACACGGAAUGGCACAAAACGUACACAUCGGUUGCUCGUUCGGAAAUGAUCUUGAAUGCGGCCAAAGCCAUCGCCACGCUGUAUAAGCAGUCGGUCGCGGAAUACGCGUCCGCCUUUGGCAAUGCAAUGAAUAGCUCAAAUGAAUAAGAUUUGCUGAAAGCCAGCGUAUCGACGGGGUGUAGAUGUGGACACUACUAGUAGGAAUGCUGGUUCGUAUAUUAGAUGCUAAUCUUUUGCCCCUUUCCCGCAUUUGAGACAUUUCGAAGGUAUUAGAUGAUGGGAGAGAGAAGACCGAGUGGUUGUAAAUGGCGCGGUAUCAGUUUGCGUUACAAGAUGGGCGCCAUCUGCACCGCUACAUAUAGACGCAUUGUUGGAGUUAUCGAUUUCGGAGUUUAAGUUAGAACACAAAACGACGUGUAUUACCAUGAGAUAAAAAACAAGCCUAAUGAUAAAUUAUACAUACAUUAAUUCUUCCACUAGAAGAAUUUUAUUUUCACUACUGUUAGUUUCUUUAUAAUAUAUGAUAAUAAUAAAGUUAUAAAAUAUCACUUUCAAA